AGUUCAGAAGUAGCCUAAAGAAGAAGAAGAAAAGAGUCCUGCCCUUUCUGAAGAUUUCCUGUUUCAUGAAAGUGCAUACAUACUGUCUGACUCAUAUGCGGCAAAUUCUGACUGCACUAUUUACUUUAACCCCGGGUUCCUUGAGACGCAUGAGAGCAACAGGCAGACGGAAAAAUCAAUCCGAAGAACGUCUCGAAUUAAAGUCUGGAUAUUUACUAUAAUCAAGCUGCUAGUAAAUGAAAAGAAGAGUAGUUUGUAAUCCGUCUUUAAAUGGAGCUACUUCGGUUUUCUGCUUUCUGGUGUGGAACGUUACUCUUUGGUAGUGUUCUGCUAGAACAGAUGGGGCCCUCGUCAAUGAACAUGCUGAAGCUGAAGCGUCUGUGUAAGUUCUGUGACGUGGAGUCUACCAGCUGCGCGGGCACAGGGAGCUGUAUGGCCGACUGUAGCAUCACAUCCAUCUGCCCCCAUCCAGAGGAUGUGUGUGUCAGCAUCUGGAGGAAGAAAGACGACAACGUCACCAUAGACACGAUAUGCCACAACCCAGCCCAUAAGCUGCAUGGUCUGGUGCUGGAGGACUAUAACAACAGCAAGUGUGAGAUGAGGGAGAGGAAUGGCAUGGGCUCCCAGUUCUUCAUCUGCUCUUGCUCCGAGGACGAAUGCAACAACCACGUGUUCUUCACUCCCUACUCUCUUGACCCCCAGGUGGUGUCGGUGAUCCUGGUCAGCCUGGUUCCUCUGCUGGUUCUGGCCAUGCUGGUCAUCACAUCCUUCUAUUGGUACCGCAUCUACCACCAGCGCCACGCCGGUGCCAAGCGCAAGAAGACGCCUCUCGACUUCAGCGACGCCCGCGCCAUCAUGAUGGAUGACGACGGCUCGGACAGCAGCUCCACGCACGCCAACAACCUCAACCACAACACGGAGCUCCUCCCCAUUGAGCUGGACGCCCAGGUGGGCAAGGGCCGCUUCGCCGAGGUCUACAAGGCCAAGCUGAAGCAGGGCGCCACGGGAGCCGGUGAGCCCUUCGAGACCGUCGCCGUCAAGAUUUUCGCUGAUGAAGAGUAUGCCUCGUGGAAGAACGAGAAGGACAUCUUCUCGGACGCUGACCUGCGCCACGAGAACGUCCUGCACUUCCUGACAGCGGAGGAACGUAAGGUGGAGAAACAGUAUUGGCUGAUCACGGCCUACCAUCCCCGGGGCAACCUCCAGGAGUACCUGACGCGCCACGUCAUCAGCUGGGACGACUUGUGGGCGCUGGGCGGGUCGCUGGCGAGGGGCGUGGCCCACCUGCACAGUGACCACACGUUGUGCGGACGCUACAAGGUGCCAAUCGUCCACCGGGACAUCAAGAGCUCCAACAUCCUGGUGAAAGGGGACCUCACCUGCGUCCUGUGUGACUUCGGCCUGGGUCUGCGUCUGGACAACUCGCUGUCCGUGGACGAGCUGGCCAACAGUGGACAGGUGGGCACUGCCAGGUACAUGGCCCCUGAGGUGCUGGAGUCCAGGAUCAACCUGGAGAACAUUGAGUCGUUCAAGCAGACAGAUGUCUACUCCAUGGCCCUGGUACUGUGGGAGAUCACCUCCAGGUGCAAUGCCAUUGGAGAGGUAAAGGACUACGAGCCCCCAUUCGGUAAGGUGAGGGAGCACCCGUGUGUGGAGAGUAUGAAGGACAGCGUACUCAGAGACCGGGGACGACCAGAGAUCCCCAGCAGCUGGAUCAACCACCCAGGCAUCCAGGUGGUGUGUGGCACGAUAGACGAGUGCUGGGACCACGACCCCGAGGCCAGGCUGACUGCACAGUGUGUGGCCGAACGCUUCAAUGACAUGGAGCACCCAGACAAGCUGUCUGGACGCAGCAACUCCGAGGAGAAGAUCCCCCAGGACAUCUCUGUGACGGAGUUUGAAGAGAUUGAGAAGAAGGAAGUAUGCCUCAGAAACUACAAUGCCCCUGCCGAGGAGGCUGAGAACUACAAUCAACCAAGCAGCUGAGAGAGAUUUAAGUGGAGAGUCUCUUUGUAUAUGCUCCGUUUAUUUGUCCUGCUUGUGACUCCAAGGAACAAACAAAUUGGCUGUUGUGUGUCAUGGAUGUAAAAAGGAACAAAACUGAACAAUCCAAUCAGCAAGGAAUUUAUAUAUUUUUUAUUUUUAUAUUUACAGCAUUUUCUCCAAAGACGGAUUAAAGCCAUGACUGGACUGGUGAAAAUAUAAACCCCUCUUAGCUAAAUACUGUUUGCACUUUAUCAAUAGCUAUGCAUACCAAAUGAUGUACAGUACCAGUCAAAAGUUGACACACCUACUCAUUCCAGGAUUUUCCUUUAUUUGUACUAUUUUCUACAUUGUAGAAUAAUAGUGAAGACAUCAAAACUAUGAAUUAACACAUAUGGAAUC